CAGAGCAGCUGGUGGGAUUGAACCUCUGACCUUUGGGUUAGCAGCCAAGCGUUUAACCACUGCACCACCAGGACUCCUUGAAACUAGUAUAGCCAUCCAAAAAACUGGAUAUUAAGUUAAUUUGUAUAUGUAAAUCACCUUCCCUCAACACCCCUCAAAGAAGAGAAAGUGUUGCAUUUGGUACUGCAGAAGCUUUAAUGUUGCUGUUCAGUCCCUCGUCCUCUUUUGCCCUCAUAUUUUUGCUCCUCCUCUUCUGGUUAGCGCCUAGUGUCGACAUUUUUCUAUCCAUUCUUUCGCCUAACAGCAGCUGCUUUUCCUCAGCAUUCACCCACAAGACAGUAGUGGUCUGUGUUCUGAUGUCAUGAGACACAAAUGGUAAAAUUUGAAAGAGUUGAUCCCUUUCUGAAAUGUCCCUAGCAGAGAGGUUUUCAGCAUGCGUUGACGUAAAUUACUCAUAUGGUUUGAUCCAUGGUAUUGAAAAAUUUUGACUUAAAAUGCGUAUAGGUGGAGGUGAACUGGGAAUUUCAUUAAUGAACAUUAGCUUUAGUGCUUUGGUUUUUUUGCAGGUUUUAUUCUGGAAGUGCAGCCAUCCCAGAGGUUGAAGGAGCUGAUGUAACCAGUGUUGAAGAAGUGAUCAUUCCAAGAAAGAAAACUUGGACCCCACAGCUGCCCCUUACGCAUUUCAGGAUGAUCCUUACCUCAUACCAGCAUCCGUUAUGGAAUCUCGUUCAUUUUUAUUGGCAAAGAAAUCUGGAGAGACUGCAGCAAAGUUUGUUAUUAAUUCACAUCCCAAAUAUUUUCAGAGGGACAUAGCUGAACCUCAUAUACCGUGUUUAAUGCCUGAGUACUUUGAACCUCAGAUUGAUGACAUAAGCGAAGCCGCCUUGAAGGAACGAAUUAAACUCAAAAAAGUCAAAGCUUCGGUGGAUAUGUUUGAUCAGCUCUUGCAAGCAGGAACUGCUGUGUCUCUGGAAACAACCAAUGGUCUCCUGGAUUUAUUGUGUUACUAUGGUGACCAAGAGCCCCCCGCUGAUUAUCAUUUUCAGCAAACUGAGAAGUCAAAAGAAUUGGAAGAGGCCACAGAGGAAGAGAAUGAGAAAUCUGGGAAGAGUGGUCAUCAACAUGGAAGUACUUGGAGAGGAAAGAACAACGUGGAGAGGAUCUUUGCUCUAAUGCCAGAGAAAAAUGCACGUUCCUACUGCACAGUGAUCCGGGGAAUGGUGAAGCACCGAGCAAAUGAGCAGGCAUUAAACUUGUACACUGAAUUGUUGAACAACAGACUCACUGCUGAUGUAUACACCUUCAAUGCUUUGAUUGAAGCAACAGCAUUGACAGGGAAUGACAAAUUUGAGGAGAAAUGGAAUAAAAUACAGGAGCUGUUGAAACAUAUGGUUGCACAGAAGGUGAAACCAAAUCUCCAGACUUUCAAUACCAUUCUGAAAUGUCUCCGAAGAUUUCAUAUAAUUGGAAGAGUGCCAGCCUUACACACCUUGCGUGAAAUGAAAGCCAUCGGGAUAGAACCCUCGCUUGCAACAUAUCACUAUCUUAUUCAACUGUUUUAUCCCACUGAAAGCUCUUCAAAAAUGUCAUCCCUCAUCAUCUAUGACAUAAUGAAUGAAUUGACGGGGAAGAAAUUUUCUGCAAAGGACCUGGAAGACGAUAUGUUUUUUCAGUCAGCCAUGAGAGUUUGCUCGUCCCUCAGAGAUCUGGAACUUGCUUACCAAGUGCAUGACCUUUUGAACACUGGAGACAACCGGACGUUCCUGGGACCGGCUCAGCGGCGUCAUUUCUAUUACUACAAGUUCUUCAAUUUGCUUUGUCUGAUGGAACAAAUUGAUGUAACCUUGAAGUGGUACAAGGACCUGAUACCUUCAGUCUUCUUUCCCCGUUCCCAAACAUUGAUAGAUCUUCUCCAAGCAUUGGAUGUGGCCAAUCGGCUAGAAAUGAUUCCUCAGAUUUGGAAAGAUAGUAAAGAAUAUGGUCACACUUUUUGCAGUGAUCUGAGGGAAGAGAUCCUGAUGCUCAUGGCAAGGGAUAAGCACCCACUAGAGCUCCAGGUGGUGUUUGCUGACUGUGCUGCAGACAUCAAGUCUACUUACGAAAGUCAAGAUGCCAGACAGACUCACUCGGAUUGGUCAGCCAGAACUCUGAACUGUAUAGCUGUUCUCUUUUUAAGAGCUGGGAGAACCCAGGAAGCCUGGAAGAUGCUGGGGCUUUUCAGGAAGCAUAAUAAGAUCCCCAGAAAUGAGUUGGUGAAUGAGUUUAUGGACAGUGCAAAAGCAUCCAACAGCCCUGGCCAGGCCAUUGAGGUAGUGAGGCUGGCGAGUACCUUCAGCUUACUUGUUUGUGAGGACCUCACCCAGAGAGUGAUGGCUGACUUUGCACUCAGCCAGGAACAGAAGGACACCCUGAGAAAGCUCACUGCGUUGACCAGCGACAGUGACAGCAGCAGCGACAGUGACAGCAGCAGUGACACUGACAUCAGUGAAGUCAAAUAAAGGGACAAUUCAGGAACAGCUGUGGCUAGAGUGGACGCUGUCAUCACACUUAACUGAGAUGCUAAUAUUUAGUGAUGAUAUGAAGGAAACAAGGGAAUACAGACAUGGUGAAUUUGUUACUAUGAAGUACAGUUAGUGUGACACUGAUUUAGAAUAAGUAUUUAAAUUAAGCUGCUAAUUUGGUAUUUAUUAAACCAUCCAUUAAUGCAUCACUGAAAGCUUACCAUUUAAGCAGCAGCACUACCAUCUUCAUUUCUUUGGGCACAAAUUGUACAGUAUGUAGCUCUUGGCUCCAUGAUAAGCUCUGCAGACCUGCAGUGUGUGUGGCUGACUUCAUCUUCAGCACCUGCCUGCCCUGUUCCUGGGCUUCAGCCUUGCACUGCCCGAUGCUAUGGCAUUUGACCUCACAAAAGGUGUCCACAGAAGGUUUUUGUACAAUGGCUGCUUGGUCAGUAGUACCCCAACUUCAGAGUUUUUUAGAUGUGAAAAACUACAUCUUAGAAUCCAUUAAAUAGGAUAAUGGCAGGAGUUUAGACUGCACAAAUGGUAAAAUGGAAACUGUAAAUAAAUACUGUGAUUCAUG